AUGUUAAGCAAAGUGUUCCCUCACAUCAAGGAAAGGACAUUAAACGAGCGGGUUCAAUCGCAAGACGCUUUUAUUUACUUGGAUCGGGUGAUGUGGUCCAUGGGCUGGGCAGAGCCGGAAAACAAAAAAUGGAGGCUGCUAUACAAUGUGUGGGCCACUUUUAUGGUUGCUCUGAUGUUCAUCCUUUUGCCAAUCUCAAUAACCAUCGAGUACGUCCAUACGUUCCUCAGUUCCCUUGAAAACGGGGUAAACGUGUAUGGAAGUUCUUUCAAGAGCGCUUUCACCAUGAUUGGCUACAAGAAAAGGCAGGACGCCAAGCUAAUAAUGGAUUUGCUGGACAAGAGAUGCAGUCGGGAUGAGGAAAGGUCCUCUGUUCAUCGCUUUGUAGCUUUGGCAAACUUUAUUGAUAUCAUGUAUCAUAUAUUUUACUCGACCUUUGUGGUCAUGAACUUUCCGUAUUUUCUGUUAAAGGGACGGCACGCCUGGCGAAUGUAUUAUCCCCUGAUCAACUGCGAUGAGCAAUUCUAUAUCUCUAGCAUCGCGGAAUGUCUUCUAAUGACGUGGUGCAUCUACAUGGAUCUGUGCACGGAUGUUUGUCCAUUGAUUUUCAUGCUAAUGGCUCGAUGUCACAUUAAGCUACUCAAGGAUAGACUGAGAAAUCUCAGAUCGGAGCCGGGAAAAAUUGAAGAAGAGUACCAUCGAUUGAUAUUGGACUAUGUAAACGCUUUGCGACCCGUCUUUUCGGGCACCAUUUUUGUGCAUUUCUUUUCAACAUUUUGGACCGGAGUGGCCACUUGCCUCUUCAUGUUCGACGCCUCUAUGAAGUCAUUUCCCUUCUGCUAUCUCUGCAACAUGAUUAUCGAUGAUUGCCAGGACCUCGCUAACGGACUUUUUCACUCAAAUUGGACGAGUGCCAGCCGUCGCUACAAAUCCACUUUGAUUUACUUUCUUCAAAAUCUGCAACAACCCAUUACCCUUACGGCAGGUGGAGUUUUUCCGAUUUGCAUGCAAACAAAUCUGGCUAUGGUGAAAUUGGCAUUUUCUGUGGUCACGACUAUAAAGCAAUUUAACUUGGCCGAGAAAUUUCAAUAAGUCCAGAGAAUAAGGAAAUCGGACUCUUAUGCUGCAAUUUU